CCCUGUCAAAGGCACCACUAACAUCUAGGAAGACAGCUGGUGCAAAUGUUAUAAAGUAAGGUUUUUUCACUUCAUCGUGUUUCACAACGUCUAAUACUAUUUCACAAAGUUUCCUAUGAUUACCGCAAGCAAUGAAAUACAUAGGUACAUGGUUUUUGAUCAAUGAGCCAAGAGAAUUAUGCAAGCACCUGAACGAAAUGUUCAGUUUCUAUCACGAUGGCUAACAUAAUGAAUGUGCUUCCAUAUCUAAUUAUAAUCAUGCGGAUCAUAGUAGAAGUCAACAGCCUUCAUGUGAUUUCGCCGCAGAAAAACUAUAUAAUGGCUAGUGAGGACAAAACGUGGGCUGAUAAUCAAAUAAAGAAAGCAGAAAAUAAAUGUAAUGAAUACAAACAGUACGCCUGCCAGUAUCAAACACCUGAUAGAAAAAAUUCCGAUAAAGAUCCGAUACUGAACGGAGAAUAUGUAUCUCAAGGGAUGCUUCCUCAUAUGGCGUAUCUACACAUUAACACGGAAAAUAAAAUCACGGUUAAGAAUAUAUUUUUUGAGUCAACUUCGGGAUGUACUGGUACUCUAAUCAGUGAAAAAUUUGUGCUAACAGCUACUCAUUGUAUUCGCGUAGCUGAUUCCAACUCGGAUAUAAUAGUCAAACUGGGAAGCUUAUACAGUUCGAAUGAUGGUACUGGUCAAUGGUACAGUGUCGAUCAACUCUACGAACACCCAUACUACAGUCUUGACGAAUACUUGCUUUACGAUAUUGGCUUGAUAAAACUAUCAGAAACAGUGCAUUUCAAUUUUUAUGUGAGGCCGAUAUGUUUGAGUACAAAUUACGAUAUUGGGCAGGACAACAGUGUUAUUGCCGCAGGAUGGGGCGAUACUGAACAUGGAAGGACUGACUGCCUCAAAAUGGCUGAGUUAACCACCAGAGAAUCGGCAUGUGACUUUAUGUUUCAAAGCAAAAGCAAAUACUACGAUGUUGUCAAAUUAUACACUAUUUGUGCCGAAGGUACAUUAAAAGCCACGUGCAAAGGUGACUCCGGAGGACCACUGCAAGUUCAAAUAAACAAUGCGUGCCCAAACACUUAUACACAAAUUGGUGUCACUGUAUCAGGAGAGGGCAACUGUUCGUUGAGCUCUAGUUUUAAUAUCGGUGUUUACACCAAAGUUGCACCUUACGUUCCUUGGAUUGCUAGCAUUGUUUGGCCAUCGUAAUCCGGCGAUUCUGGAAACCGUACGACUACCGAAUGAUUUCAUCCAUCAAUAAAUUAGAUUUGAUGUAAUCGUAAAAUUGAUGAAAUUUCACUUAUUUAAGAAUACCAAAUGUUCAACAAAAUACAAGUAAUCAGAGUUGGGCAAA